AGAGCACAACUCGUGGAGUUGGAGCUAGCUGCCACAUGAUGAGGAUUCACUCUCGUGUGUGUGUUUUUGUGUGACGCGACGUGAUUUUUUCCUUUCGGCCUGUCAUUGUGAGCUCCCACAGACACACAACCCCUCAUCGCGGUGUAUUUUUUGCGACAAUGGGUAUGAGGACGUACAAGCAGUCUUACGCUGGCUGGUUCAGUGGCAGAUACCGCUUGUUGUCAGUCUUUAUCGUGACAUGCUUCAUCUUUCUCUCGUCACAGCAGGUCUUGAGCCGAUUGCAAAGGAGUUUUUCCAUUCCCCGACCAGAGAAGAUUCCAGCCAAGAUCUGGCAGUCAUGGAAGGUCGACGCCCUUCACUUCGAGGACCGCGAUCUGGACCGAGCACGAACUUGGGCGAGGAAGAAUCCCAGUCAUCGAUAUGAACUGUUGACCGACUACAGUGCUAUACCGUAUGUCGAGCAAGCGUUUGGCUGUGGCCCGGGAGGCCUUUGCAGGUCGGAUAUUGUCAACACCUACAAUGCAUUGAACGACAACCUGAAGAUCAUUCAGGCCGACUUGCUUCGAUACAUUAUUAUGUAUGUCGAUGGAGGACUCUGGGCCGAUAUCGAUGUCGAGGCUAUUCAACCGAUCAAGACGUUCAUCCCGAGACGAUUCGAUGAGCGUGAUGUUGAUAUGGUUAUUGGGAUAGAGACGGACGAGCCAGACUUGGAGAACCACCCUGUCCUGGGAAGCAAAGCUGCAUCCUUCUGCCAAUGGACCUUCAUGUGCAAGCCUGGCUUGCCGGUCAUGAUACGACUGAUUGAAAACAUUAUGAUUUGGUUACAUCGACUGGCAGCGGAACAGGGAAAAAGCGUGUCGGAGCUACACUUGGACUUUGACGAAGUGCUGAGUGGAACGGGGCCUUCUGCUUUCACGAAAGCCAUCCUGACAGAAAUGUCGAUUUCCGAAGGCAGAAAGAUUGUCUGGAAUGACUUUCACGAUCUGCUCGACUCUCAACUUGUCGGCGGUGUCCUCGUGUUGCCUUCGGAGGCAUUCGCUGCCGGCACAGGACACUCGAGAUCAGGAAACCACAAAGGUAGCAGAGCACUGGUCAAACAUCACUUCCACGCAUCCUCCUGGACCGACAAGCAUCAACGCUUCAAGCAUCCCGUAUACGACGAAAUCGAGAGAUGUAAUUGGGAUGCGGAAUGUGUAGCACUGUGGGAUUCCAACGUGGCAUUCUACAACUCGCUACCGGAAGAAGAGCAAUUGAAAAUGAUUGAAUUGAAGAGAAUCGACGAUGCAAAGGAGAAGAAGCUCGCUCAAGUCAAAGCCGAAGCAGAGCAAGUCCCUAUCAAGCAAGAGAAAGAAGAAGAAGAAGAAGAAGCACAAGAAGAGAAGGAAGAGGCACCUCCCAAAAUAGAAAAGGAGGCCGAAAAGGCCAAAGACGGCUCGCCAGAACCCAUGCAAAAGGCAGAAAAGGUCAAGGGAAAAGAACCUCCGGUCAAAGAUCUGAAAGUCAUCAGUGAGAAGGCGGACAAUCUUAAGAUUCUCAAGGAGACUAAAGAAGAUAAGAAGGAAUUGCCUGAGUCGGACCCGCCAGGAGUUCCUCCGGCUGCGCUGCCAAAGGGAAAUACAGAGGAUAAGAAGAACUCGCCUCCUCCGCCGCCAGCAGCUGAGCCGCAGAAAGCUCAAGCGGAUCAAUUAUCGGACCCCAGGCUCAAAGAUGGCGAGGGUGGUGUGGCCAAGGCUGGAGAUAAGAAGAAGGAUGAUGGCAAGCCGGCGACUUGAUAUCUUUUUGAGUGAAUGACUUUGUGCAUAGUACCUUGAGCGUUGCAUAUAGAGAGAGAGGAUUUUUCGAAAUUUAGGACUUUUUUGGGUCUAUGUUCC